AUGAGUAGCACAGUAGACUGGUCUAACGCGGUCUUUUUUAUGGAGACUUCAAUAGAUCUGAGUGCUCUCUACAUUGCUACUGAGAAAUCAGGACUAUUCAGAAUUGUGCCAUCAUUAACCUUUAAAUUUGAGUACAAUAAUGAUAUACCUAAAUUAAUGUUCGCAAUGAAAACGGUUGAACCUGGAUAUUUGGGUAUUAUGAAUUGUAAAACUCGCUAUUGCUAUGCUUUAGCUCCUGCAGACAAAAUGCCGGGAGAGAAAGAUGUAACAUUGGCAGCUGAAAAAAUAGGCUUUCGAGGCGAUUAUAACCGUUCAUAUUUGUUUCGAAAUGCUAGAGUCCCAGUUUCUACGUCAAAAGAUGGCUCAGAAGAAGAUGAAACUAUUGAUAUUGAAAAUCAAAUAGAUAUUGAUGAU